AUGGACUGGCAGACACCACCAAAUCUGCAGAGCGGUGUUGGGCGUGUCCGGGACCAGGAAAGCAGAGGACUCUCGCGGAGUAAAAGCUCGCCUAAUGCAGGAGGUGGCUCAACUCUUCCCAUCCGCGGCAAGAGCAGACUUCCAGGGCCUGCAGGAAACCUGCCCCGUUUGAGUGAGGAAGAGAAAGAUCAGUUGUUCCGAUCGCGAGGCGUCCCAUUCCGCAAAGACGCGCGUAUUCCUGACAUUGCGAGUACAAGCCCCAACUCGUCCAUCAAGAAAAAGAUGAAGUCUGUCAGCCAAGGCCCUAUCGACAGCAUGUUUGCGAGUGGAGCAUGGGAGGAUAUGCUCAAGGCACAGCGCCUACCAGAGUAUAAACCGUCUACACUUGAAAGAGUAAAAGGCACCAAUCCGCUACUCCAAACGACUAUUUCCGACAUUGAAACUCGACAGGAUACACACAGAGGCAAGAUCCCGUGGCUGAUUGCCAUGAUCAAGGACUUUACUCCGUCAGAGAUCGAUGCCGCUGUGACCUUAAUGGACCCUUCAGGAGAGAUGCGAGGCACUAUCCACAUUUCAGUGCUUGAACAAUACAAGAACAACGAGGUCAGGAUUGGAACAGUUUUGGUCCUCAACAACGUUUCCGUGUUCUCUCCGACUCCCGUCUCGCACUAUCUUAUCAUCACAAGAUUAACCACCCAUCCUUCUACCAUAUCCGGACAGUAUCGUGCAACCCCAUCGGCGUGGAGCAGUACUCCCGAAGAUCGCGAAUCGAUCCGGUCGAGUAGCCAGUCGACUAGAAAGGCCUCUCAGGAGUUGCGAGGAGAUGGUGGUGGUGCUUCGUCACAAAGUACCUUCCAAGAUCAGAGCCAAGUCAAGAACCGGACUUCGCUAUUGUCGUCACAGGAAGGUGUCCACAGAAAUGGUGUGUCGGGUCGUACCACUGUCGUCACUCAACCCAAGGAAGUCAUGUUCCAGAGUCUGCGUCCGACUGCAACUGAGACUCAAACGGGACAGGAGGAUAUGAUGUCGACCCCUAUGAUCACAUUGGGUGCGAUGACGCCGAGUGUGGAUGUCUUUGGUGGUGGAGGUAUAGGUGCAGGGAGUGGUCUCAAGUCCUUGUCAUCGUUUGCAGCCUCACCUACUCUCCGGAAACGAUCCUCGCAGUCAAGGACCAGCCAACGGUCGAAUACCUCCGGGUCAGACCCUAAAUCAACACCUGAUGCAGCAGCAGGGCACAGCCAGGCCAAGACCAUUUUAUCGCCAGGAGCAAGGGCAACAGCAAGUCAAGAAUCGCACCAUACUGAAGGUGACAGUUUUACUGGUUGGCCUGACGACAUUCAAUUGGACGAUAACUUUGACGAUCUUGAGACAGGCGGUCCUGUUACUCUGCCUUCCAAGCGAGGCGCUCCUUCUGCUUCCCCUGUGGCCUCGCGUCCUCGUCCCCUUCCUCCUACUGCUACUCCUUCCGCGUCCGUUUCUGCUCCCCGUACGAUCAUCCAUGAUGACGGGAACGAGGAUGACUUGGAGCUCUUACUUGAUGGCUUUGAUGAGUCGGAUCUAUACGACAUCUGA